CAACGUCUUGGAAACAUGUUGAAAUAUUUCGCAUUAACUUUAGUUUUGUUAGCAACGGCUUUGGCGGCUUCCUUGCCAGCUUCGUACGAUGAGCCAGAACUGUUUAAAAAUGAUCAUAGAAUUGUGGGUGGACAUGAAGUCAAUAUUGCCAAACAUCCUCAUCAAAUUUCGAUGAGACGUAAAAGUUCGGCAGCUAAGGCUUAUUCCCACACUUGUGGCGGCAGCAUUUACAAGGCUAAUGUUAUUGUCACAGCUGCCCAUUGUAUUUACAAUCGUAAGGCUGAAAGUUUCAUAAUCGUGGCUGGUACAAAUAAUCGCAAUGGCGCUGAUGGUGCUGUAUCACGUGUUAGCAAAAUUAUCAUGCAUGAAAAUUACAAUUCAUCUAUAACCAACAAUGAUGUGGCUUUAAUGAUCCUAUCAACGCCCUUGCCUUUAAAUGGAGUCACAAUUGCUCCCAUUACUUUGGCAUCGGAAGCCCCAAGACAUGGUGCUAAGGCUGUUAUAACUGGUUGGGGUACUACCGCAGCUGGCGGUUCUUUGUCCAAUAAGUUAUUGGAAGUUCAGGUGCCAAUUGUCAGUAAUGAUCGCUGUGAUGCCUUAUAUGCUGCAUUUUACGGACCUGGUCGUAUAACUGAUAGUAUGAUUUGUGCUGGUAUUCAGGGAGUCGGUGGCAAAGACGCUUGCCAAGGUGAUUCUGGUGGCCCUCUUUUGGUUAAUCAUCAGUUGGCUGGUGUGGUUUCCUGGGGCCGUGGUUGUGCUCUACCCAAUUAUCCUGGUGUUUAUACUAAUGUUGCUGCUUUUAAGAAUUGGAUCGAAACCAAAUGGUUGAAUAUGUUCAGAAUUGUAAUUUUUACGGCUCUAUUAGUAGCCAUUGUCGAGAGCGCUUCGGUGAGAAGUGAUCCAGGUCGCAUUAUUGGAGGUCGCGAUGUUAGCAUUUCCAAGCAUCCAUAUCAAGUGUCUAUACGACGUAAAACAUGUGAAUCCUGUGCUUUCUUGCAUGCUUGUGGUGGCAUUAUUUACAGUCAACAGGCGAUCUUAACAGCGGCCCAUUGUGUUUAUAAACGCCAAGAAAACUCAUUCGUUGUAAUAGCUGGUACCGAUAAUCGUUCCGGUGCAGAUGGAUUUAUAGCACGUGUUAAUAAAAUCGUGAUUCAUGAAAAUUACAAUCCAGCUUUAAGUGAAAAUGAUAUUGCUUUAAUUAUUUUGGACUCAGCAUUGCCAUUAAAUGGCAUCAGUACCCGGGCAGUAAGUUUGGCAUCUGAAGAACCUAACAACGAUUCUGUAGCAGUUGUUAGUGGUUGGGGUGCUACCACCGAGGGUGGUGCUAAUGCAUUUAAAUUGCAAGAAGUUGAGGUGAAAAUAAUUGAUCGCGUUAAGUGUGAUGCAAGUUAUGGUUAUGAUCGUAUUGGCCAAGAUAUGUUAUGUGCUGGUAGUGAUGCCGGCGGAAAGGAUGCCUGCCAGUAUGAUUCUGGUGGUCCAUUGAUGACCAACAACAAAUUGGUGGGUAUUGUGUCUUGGGCUAUUGGCUGUGCUAGACCAGAAUAUCCGGGAGUUUAUACAAAUGUAGUUUAUUUUAAAAAUUGGAUUGAAAAUAAAGCAAAAAGUUAUAAUCUUCAAUAGAAUGAAUGAUAAAUAAAGAUUUUUGACUGAUUUGUACUCAUAUAAAUAA